UACCAUCCUAGAGGACCCUCUUCCCUAAAAACGGAGAUGCUGAGCGAAUAAUAUAGCUCACAACAACCUGGCGCCAUUCGGAUGUUUUGAACUACAACUCCUAGUAUUCAUGGCCGUUGUCUAUGCUGGCUGGAGCUUAUGAAAGUUGAAGUCGCUGACUGCUAGGUUUUAUUAUAUUGUAUAGUUUGCCUUUUUUUUUUCCUUGCAAGGAACCCGAGGUGGCUUACAUUUUUAAAAUAUUCUCCUUUGCAUUUUAUCCUCAUUACAGUCCUGUAAGGUAGGUUAGGCUGAGAGUCAGCAACUGGUUCAAAGUCACCCAGUAAGCUUCAUGGUUGAAUGGGAACUGGACUUUGGAUCUUCUGUGUCCCAGUCCAAUACAAACCAUCUCAAAGACUUCCUGGCUGUAUGCUGUCUCUAGUAGAGAGUGUGCUCUUCUAUAUCAGUUGUUGGGAAGCAUAUGUGGAAGGGGGCUAUUGCAUUUAUAUCCUUUUUUGGGCUAUCUCCAGGCAUCUGGAUCUCCACUGUGGAAACAGAAUGGUGAAUUAGACAGGCCUUUGGUUUCAUGCCGAAUGCCUUGUGCUACUGUCAAUAACUUGGAUGAGAACAAAGCCCUAUCUGGUUUAUCACUCUGUCACAGCCUUUCCCAACCUGGUCCCCUGUUGGUGUUUGAGUGCAAGAACUGGCAUUUAACUUGCUUGUUAGAGAGGUAGAAGUUCCCCUUAUAGCAGCCAUGAUGAUUCUUUUUCAGCAGGGCUUGUCCUUCUAUCUGCUUACUGAGUCUAUCCUUAAUAAUGCAUUCAAGCAGCUUACCUAGAACAGCUGUUAAGCUAAACAACCUGUAAUUUUCCAGAUCCCCCUGGAUCCCUUUUUAAAAAUUGGUGUUAUGUUGGCCAUUUCCCAAUCAUCUGGUACAAAGGCUGAUUUUAGGACAUGUUAAAUAUUUGGUUAAAAGGUCUUCAUUUUCAUGUUUGAAUUCUCUGAAAACUCUAGAAUGGAUACCAUCUGUAUCAGAUGUGAGAGUCUUGUAGCUGGUCAAAAUGGAUCAUCCCACAGUCAGUUUAUGGGUGAAGAUGGAACCUUUCAUUGUGGGAGCCUUGCAAAUCUCACCACCCUCCAAGUUUAGCAUGCAUUACCUUCGAAAAAUGUCAACUUAUGUCCGGAUGCGUUCUGGCGAAGGCUAUUAUCCAUGCCUUUCUUGGCCUAUGUGGCGGCAUAUUGCUUGUGGGAAGCUGCAGCUGAACAAGGAUCUGGCUUGGCUUUACUUUGAAUUAUUUGACAGUCUUGUUGAACGGACGUCACUGGAGCAAUUUGAAUGGGCAGAGGUCAUGUCCAACUGUUCAACUGAGGAAGAGCUAGAGAAGCAAAGAAAUAAGUUAUCUGUGGAUACUCUUCAGUUCCUACUGUUCCUUUAUAUUCAGCAACUAAACAAAGUCUCCUUGAGGACAUCUCUGCUUGGAGAUGAGUGGCCAAAUCCUAAAUCUAAGUCUUACAGUCUGACUGGAGAAUCCACGAAUCAGAUUAAGAAUUGGAAUGACAACUACCACCAAGAAUUUGUCCAAAACCAUCUCCAGGAUCUAUUGGAACUGUUAUUGGACCCAGAUCAGCUCACUGCUUCCUCUCACUCCACUCACAGUAGUUUGGUUUCACCUGAAGCUGUUCGAGCACUCAGCUUCCUUAUUGAAGGGUCUGUGAACAAGAACAGGACUGUUCACCGUCUGCACGAGCUUGCACUUUGGCAGCCGCUGCAUGCAAGGAGUGGCUUUUCAAAGAUCUCCAAAGCCUUCUGUUUUUCCAAGCUUGAGUCCUGGCUGAGGGCUUGUCUUACUGAGAACCCAUUUGGCACAUCAGCCUGUCUCAAGUCCGGGAAGAAACUUGCAUGGGCACAACAAGGUACAGUUGAAGGAACAACCAAGCGAGCCAAGAUAGCCUGUAGUUCUCAUAUGGUCCCCUCAGCCCAUCGCAUGGUUGUGAUGAGCCAAGUUUACAAGCAAACACUGGCAAAGAGCUCAGAUACGUUAGAAGAUGCUCAUGUGAGGAUUCAUCGCUGCUGUGAAUCAUUCAUUUAUUUGCUGUCUCCACUGAGAUCUGUGACCAUAGAGAAGUGCAGAAAUAGCACCUUUGUGCUGGGCCCGGUAAAGACGGUCAUUCAUCUCCAUAGCUGUGACAAUGUCAAGCUUAUUGCUGUUUGCCAUCGUCUGUCUCUGUCGUCAACCACCAGCUGUACCUUGCAUAUUCUUACCCCAACUAGACCGCUCAUCUUACUGGGCAACCAGACAUUAACUUUUGCCCCCUUUCAUACCCAUUAUCCAAUGCUUGAGGACCACAUGGGCAGGGCUGGCCUGGCUACAGUGCCUAACUACUGGGAUAACCCAAUGUUGGUAUGCAAAGAGAACUGUGACGAGAAUGUGUUCAGACUCCUUCCACCCGCUGAAUUUUACCCCUUUGUUGUUCCGUUUGAAAUGGAAGGAGACACAACAGAAAUACCUGGUGGGCUGCCACCUGUGUACCAAAAGGCACUGAGUCAGCGAGAACAGAGGGUACAGAUUUGGCAGAAGACUGUGAAGGAGGCAGGCUUGACAAAGCAGCAGAGGAAAACAUUCCAGGUGUUGGUGGAGAACAAGUUCAAUGAAUGGCUGGUCCACACAGGCAGACAUCAACAGCUUGACAGCCUGGUGCUUCCUGCUGCAGGAGCUAAGCAGGCAGCAGGAUAGGAGUCCCUUUGAAGUAACAUCGUGUUGUGGAGUUGCUCUCUAUCCAAGUGAAAGUGUCUUCUCUUCAAUGAAUUGGGGCCAAGCUGGUUAAAAGCUCCCAUGGCACUGCCAAUGAAUUUGAUUGAAGAAAUUCGGUUGAUGAAUUUGAUGAAAUCGGAUUGCAGUCAUUGUCAAGGAACAGAUGGGCUUGUUCUUCCUGUUCCAGCUCUGCUCCUUUCCCAGGAAGUCAUCCUGUUCAGGAAGUCAGCCAGGACCACACUUCUGUCCAUGGCUGAAAGUAAAAUUAAGAUGUGUAGCAUGUGUAAGUGUCCACGGAAAAGGAGUUACUGAGAAACUAGGGACAAAGUUCUGGCUACUAAAUGAACCUUUCUUCUGAUAUUAAUUGAACAUUGAUUAUAUAGAGUCAUGAAAUGUAUUUUUAUAACAGUUGUUAGCACUUCAAGUAUGACAGUUAAUCAAAUUGGCACAAUUCUCUGUGUUGGUCUUUUUUAUUUCCUUUUUUUCCAGAUUUUAUUGAAUGGUAAUGUAAAUACUUUUUGGAGACAGUAGAUUGGAUCCAGACUUAGCUAUACUAAGAGCCAGACCCAUUGGUUAAUCACACUCUGAAAUAUUACUUAUCCAAGGAGUAUUUUUUUUACCUGUAUAAAAGCAAUGCUGCUCAGUCACCCUCUCCCUUAAUAUGCUUUAAUGAUAUAACAGAAUAGAAAUGUUCAUCUCCCUUCACAGAACAGGGUCAGUGUCAAGAGCUGGCAUCUCCAGACAUGUGCGAAGGCCUACUUCUCAGGAGAGAGACCUCUGCCAGCUGCUAAAGCCUGCUGACUUUGUUGCUGUUCCUUGCUAAUACUUUCUGGUUCAGCAGACUACUUUAGCUAAACAAAAUUGGUUUGCAUGAUGCAACACAAUUUACCUGCAGUACUGUUGUGUCCUGCCAGGCACCUGUAGGCACCUAGUUUCUUGUGUCAACCCAGGCAGCAGGGGGGUUUUGAGGGCUAGGGAACAUGAUCACUCAACCACUAGCUUGUUUAUGAGUCCCUGAGGGUUAUCUAACCGCAAAGCACCCCUAACAUCUGAGAUGUAUGCCAUGACAAAUGAUGCACGCGUAGGUGUCAUGUAAAAAUAGCACCUGUGGGUGCGUGCCACAGCACAAACCUUGCGGGUGUAUUAAUCCACGCUGAGCUGUCAUGUGCAAAAAAGCCCAGUGACAGGAACAAGGAAAAGAAGCAGCAGUUUUGUGUCUCAGCUUGUAGAUCAUGUUAAAGAGUGGAGCAAAGAAAUGGGCAGAACAAGAGCAGUGAGAAUGAGGUGGGGCCAUGCAGUGCAUCGUGUUCACGGUCCCCUCAAUACUUAUAGCUGGCCCUGGAUAUGUAUUUGUGAAUCCAUAAAGCAUCCUACCUUGUCUUUUUUCUGAAGAGGUAAAACAGUGACAGAGUCCAGGUAAAGGUUUUUAGGGAAAGGAAAGACAAGAACAUGAACAGUGUGAAGGAAUAACAAUUAGCAAAACCUAACAACAACUGUUAUGUACUGUUGCCCCUUGUAAAUGGAAUAAAGUCCUGUAUACUCUUAUAAGUACCUUUAAACUCACAUUUGUGACCAAA